AUGGGACAUUCGCUAACUACUCGUCUAAGAGAAGGACGUCUAGUUCCUUCUUCAACUCCGCGAAUCUAUGGAACCGAAGUUUUUGAGGAACCGAGGUAUGCAAGGAAGCACAACAAGAAGAGUGGCGAAUCUGCUGGAGAGGAAGAGAAACCGACGGAAACCCAUACAAAGCCCAUUUACUCUGCACAACUGAAGCCCAAUCAUGACAAAUCCCUUCUUCUUAAAAGGAACCAAAACCCUAAUCAAUAUACUUUUCUGCCGUGCACAACCUCUUGCAGCCUAGCCACCAGAGAAGAAAUGGCAAAAUCGAAGAACCACACUGCCCAUAACCAGUCCCACAAGGCCCACAGAAACGGCAUCAAGAAACCCAAACGUCAACGCCACACCUCCACCAAAGGGAUGGACCCCAAGUUUUUGAGGAACCAGAGGUAUGCUAGGAAGCACAACAAGAAGACCGGUGAAUCUGCUGGGGAAGAAUAG